AUGAGCGCAGCGCUCCCGCCGUCGCUGAUGAUGAUGCAGCGCCCGCUGGGGAGCAGCACCGCCUUCAGCAUCGACUCGCUGAUCGGCAGCCCGCCGCAGCCCAGCCCCGGCCACUUCGUCUACACCGGCUACCCCAUGUUCAUGCCCUACCGGCCGGUGGUGCUGCCGCCGCCGCCGCCGCCGCCGCCCGCGCUGCCCCAGGCCGCCUUGCAGCCCGCGCUGCCGCCCGCGCACCCGCACCACCAGAUCCCCAGCCUGCCCACCGGCUUCUGCUCCAGCCUGGCGCAGGGCAUGGCGCUCACCUCCACGCUCAUGGCCACGCUGCCCGGCGGCUUCUCGGCGGCGCCCCAGCACCAAGAGGCGGCGGCCGGCCGCAAGUUCGCGCCGCAGCCGCUGCCCGGCGCCGGCAACUUCGACAAGGCGGAGGCGCUGCAAGCCGAGGCCGAAGACGGCAAGGGUUUCCUGGCCAAGGAGGGCUCGCUGCUCGCCUUCUCCGCGGCCGAGGCGGUGCAGGCGUCGCUCGUCGGGGCUGUCAGAGGGCAAGGGAAAGACGAGUCAAAGGUGGAAGACGACCCGAAGGGCAAGGAGGAGAGCUUCUCACUGGAGAGCGAUCUGGACUACAGCUCGGAUGACAAUCUGCCCGGCCAGGCCGCGCACAAGGAGGAAGACCCAGGCCACGCGCUGGAGGAGCCCCCACCGAGCGGCGGCGCCGCGGGCAGCACCACAUCCACCGGCAAGAACCGGCGGCGGCGGACUGCCUUCACCAGCGAGCAGCUGCUGGAGCUGGAGAAAGAAUUCCACUGCAAAAAGUACCUCUCGUUGACAGAGCGCUCCCAGAUCGCCCAUGCGCUCAAACUCAGCGAGGUGCAGGUCAAAAUCUGGUUCCAGAAUCGCAGGGCCAAGUGGAAACGGGUGAAAGCCGGCAAUGCCAACUCCAAGACAGGCGAGCCCUCCAGGAACCCCAAGAUCGUCGUCCCCAUCCCAGUCCACGUCAGCAGGUUCGCUAUUCGAAGUCAGCACCAGCAGCUGGAACAGGCCCGGCCCUGAGGGUCCAGGGGGCCCUGGGUCUGGUGCCCACUGUGAAGAAGCCACCCCCAGUGCCGGAGGCACCCAUGGUGGACUCACUAUGUUUGAAGCUAAACUCAAAGCCACACCCCAACUUUGGACAUCCCAAACAAAUUGAGAAUAUAUUCACGACACCUGCUUCAAUGACUGCUUUCGGAGGGGGAAGAGCCACGCCAGAAAGACACACUAAAUAUUUAUUAUACUACUGUACUGUGUACAUAGAUAUCUAUAUAGACUGCACCUCAGCUGCUGUAUUUUGAAAGUUACAGGACCAAAUGACCCAGUCCUGGUCUUGACCCACAUUCCAGAAGAAAACACAGCCACUGCUGUCAGCUGCAGCCCGUAGC